CACCGCAUACCCUGUUCGUUGCCAUCCAGUAUCCCUUCUACCUAGUCCCUUUUCUUGCUCUUUCUCUCCGUUCUCUUCCCGUCAGUCUUCCUAUAUACGACCACUGGCUACCGUCUGCGUCCGUCGAGACAAUCUCCUGCCGUAUCUUCUGCAAUGUCAACCCAUGGACCCAUAAACGGCGUAAAGAUGUCUCCUAUCGAUGAUCCCCACAAAGUCGUCAAGGUCAUUGCUUCCGACGGCAAGUCUGGUGACACACGAGAACUCUCUUAUUCCAACUGCAAGGUCAUUGGUAACGGCUCUUUCGGUGUCGUUUUCCAGGCGAAACUGCUCGGCGUACCCAAGGAGAGCGAGGAUAUCGCCAUCAAGAAGGUUCUGCAGGACAAGCGCUUCAAGAACCGUGAACUUCAGAUCAUGCGGCUUGUUUCGCAUCCGAAUGUAGUCGACCUGAGAGCAUUUUUCUAUUCCAAUGGUGACAAGAAAGACGAGCUCUAUCUCAAUCUUAUGCUGGAAUACGUCCCUGAAACCGUCUACCGUGCUAGCCGCCACUACGCUAAACUUAAGCAGCCGAUGCCCAUGCUCCAAAUCAAACUGUAUAUGUAUCAACUUCUCCGUUCCCUCGCCUACAUUCACUCCGUCGGUAUCUGCCAUCGAGAUAUCAAACCACAGAAUCUGCUCCUCAACCCUGCCACCGGUGUCCUCAAGCUUUGCGAUUUUGGCUCUGCAAAGAUAUUGAUUACCGGUGAACCAAACGUCAGUUACAUCUGCUCCAGGUAUUACAGAGCACCGGAGCUCAUUUUUGGCGCCACGAACUACACCACCAACAUCGAUAUCUGGUCAACGGGGUGUGUGAUGGCAGAGUUAAUGCUUGGUCAGCCGCUGUUCCCUGGUGAAAGCGGCAUCGAUCAACUGGUAGAGAUCAUCAAAGUGCUUGGAACGCCGUCCAGAGAGCAGAUCAAGACGAUGAAUCCCAACUAUAUGGAGCACAAGUUCCCACAAAUUAAGCCUCAUCCCUUCUCAAAAGUGUUCCGGCCUCGUACAUCCCCCGAGGCAAUUGAUUUGGUGGCGAAGUUGUUAGAGUACACACCUGGCACACGGCUCAGUGCGAUAGAGGCCAUGGUCCAUCCCUUCUUUGAUGAGCUGCGGGUCGAAGGCGCGAGGAUGCCCAAUGGGAAAGAGUUCCCGUCGCUGUUCGAUUUUAAACGUGAAGAACUCUCUGUACGACCGGAUUUGAUCCGUCAACUUGUUCCGCCACACUGUGAACCAGAGCUGGCCUCCCGGAAUAUCGUGUUAAAUAGCUUCGUACCCAUACCAUUGGAAGACCUGAAGAUAACGCUGGACUGAUGCGGCGGCCCAUGUUCGUGCCUUGUGUUCGAUUUUCUCUUCAUCUUUUUUCAUUCAGUCCCACUUUAUAUAUAUAUCUUGAAUUCAAUGCCGAGCAGGAGAUGUACACGAUGUUGCAAUGAUUGUAGUAUUGAAGUGUGAUUCGUGC